GACUUCAUUCAAAACUGGUGGGGAGCAAAUGAGCAAGGUAGAAAACAGUGCCAUAAUAUAACCAGAAAAUGUCAGUGCCCUACAGCGAUGGAAGGAUGAAUUGUUCUUCUACUCAUAUGCUGGAGCCAUUCAUGUCCCCUACACUUAUUUCCUGAAUCACAUCAUUGCAUCAAAACAACUCUCAGGAUCUGAUCUUUUCUACGUAUAUCCUUAUCUACAUAUAUCCUUCACAAGCUGCUGCCAUGGACCAAAACUUCUCAGUAUGGGACUACGUGGUGUUCCUGGCCAUGCUGCUUGUCUCAGCUACUGUUGGCAUGUACUAUGCAUGGAAAGAAAAGGGCAAGCAGACAGAUGCUGAGUUCCUCCUGGCUGGGCGCCAGAUGUCGGGGAUACCGGUGUCACUGUCGCUCACAGCCAGCUUUAUGUCGGCCGUCACCGUGCUGGGCACGCCGGCUGAGGUGUACCGCUUUGGUGCCAUGUUCAGUCUCUUCUUCAUCUCCUACACCCUGGUGAUCGUUCUCACCUCAGAGAUCUACAUGCCCGUUUUCUACCGGCUCAGGAUCAGCAGCACCUAUGAGUACUUAGAACUUCGAUUUAAUAAGCAGAUUCGCUUUCUCGGAACGAUGUUCUUUAUCACUCAGACAAUACUCUACACAGGUAUUGUUAUCUAUGCCCCCGCUCUUGCUUUGAAUCAAGUCACGGGAUUUGAACUCUGGGGUGCAGUAGUUGCCACAGGCCUCGUCUGUACUUUCUACUGCACAUUGGGAGGUCUCAAAGCUGUCGUCUGGACAGAUGUUAUUCAAGCUGUUGUUAUGGUGGCAGGAUUUUGUUCCAUUAUUUUCCAGGCUUUAAAAAUUCAAGGUGGCCUGAAAACUAUCCUAAAACAUGCUCAGGAAGGAGGAAGAUUAAAAAUGUGGGACUUUAACCCUAAUCCUUUGCAGAGACACACUUUCUGGACAAUCACGAUAGGUGGCACCUUCACAUGGAUCAGCAUUUAUGGUGUCAACCAGUCCCAAGUGCAGAGAUACCUGGCCUGUAAAAACAAGUUCCAUGCAAAACUAGCCCUUUAUUUAAAUCUUGUGGGACUCUGGAUUAUUCUUAUCUGUGCAGUUUUGAGUGGUUUGUCAUUGUACUCAGUGUAUCGUCACUGUGAUCCUUGGACAUCACAAAAGGUCAAAGCUCCAGAUCAACUCAUGCCCUACCUAGCGAUGCAUAUUUUACACGACUAUCCUGGACUCCCAGGACUGUUUGUGUCAUGUGCUUAUAGUGGAACAUUGAGUACGGUGUCCACCAGUAUCACUGCUUUAGCCACUGUAGCCGUAGAAGAUCUCAUCAAACCACAAUUGGAUUCACCUUCACCAAAGACUCUUUCUUUACUUUCUCAAGGAACAAGUGUGUUCUUUGGUAUCCUGUGCAUCGGGAUGGCUGCCUUGGCAUCAUUGAUGGGUGGUCUGUUACAGGCGGCACUCAGCAUAUUCGGCAUGGUUGGAGGGCCUCUUUUAGGCUUGUUUUCUCUGGGAAUUUUAAAUCCUUAUGCCAACUCGAAGGGUUCAUUUGUCGGUCUUAUGUUUGGAUUCUGCUUUUCAAUAUGGAUUGGAGUUGGGACUUACAUUUACCCUCCACCUCCUUCGAGAACAUUACCAUUACCUCUUUCCACUGCAAAUUGUACCCAAAGUAGAAGCAUGCCUCUGAAUUUGACUAGCUUAGCAGGUUACUCAGUCUUAAUACCAUGGAAAAGUACUGCAGAAAGAAGUUUUUUAAUGAAUACUGUAUAUUCCCUUUCUUACCUCUACCUAAGCUGUCUGGGGACGAUGGUAACCGUGAUUAUGGGAACGAUUGUCAGCCUUCUAACAGGUGGCAAAAAUCAGAUUGUAAACUCCAACUACCUCCUGAAGAAAAGUGAUCUGACACUGGGUAAACUUUUUUCAAGGAACCGAGCAGCUGCAGCAUCACCCAGUUAGGACGUUGGAUGAAACUGAUAAAUCACCUUGAAAAGCUUAAAAUAAAGAGAUAAGAUGAAACAUUUG